AUGGAGGAAGGCAAAAUUUUAAUUUAUAGAGAAAACGACUACAACAUUUUGGAAAAGCACUAUCAGAGUGCCCUGGAAAAGGAUAUACAAGAAUUAAUAAUUUACUAUGGCAUGAAAUUACUAAAAAAAAAUAUAAGGAAGAAUUCAUUUUUCAAAUGGAGUCUUUACGAGCACAUUUUAAAAGCUUCCAUUGAAUUAAAUUUAACUGAAUAUGUGGACAUGUGUUUUAAUAAGCUGAAUGAAAAGUUUGGAAAAUUGGAUGGGAAAAAGUUGAAUGUACUGAAAGGAAUGGUAUAUGAAUCAAAAAAUAAAAACAGAGAGGCGUUAGAUAUUUAUAAGAAUUAUUUAUGCAAAGAUUCUUGCGAUAUUUUAAUAAGAGCAAGAAUUGUAAGUUUAAAAAAAACAACAGAAAAUGAUAUAAAUCAAGUUGUACAGUUAAUAAAUGACCACUUAAAGGAGUUCCCAGUGGACAUAGAAGCAUGGCAUGAAUUGGCAGAAAUAUAUUUAACAAACUGUUUGUAUAGCUAUGCCUUGUACUGUUUUGAAGAAAUUUUGCUACACCUACCCACCAAUUUGUACUACAUUUUAACCUGCGCAGAAUUGCACUACACCGUUAGCCAGUUCGAAAUAAGCAGCAAGUAUUUCUGUCUAGCCAUUAAAUUACAGAGUAAUAAUUUAAGGGGACUAAAACCCAAAUCGCUAAGCGAUAAUGUGGACAUAAUUCUGACGUUACGUUGUAUUGACAAAUUGUACAAAUUGUACAACGGAUUGAAGGUAGAUCUGCUGUAUAAAAAUUCUAUUCUGGAAUAUCUAAACGAGUUGAGAGACAUUUUUAAGUGA